AUGUCGAUAUUAUCAUCACCAUCAUCACCUACAUCUACUACAAAUAACAACAACAAUAAUAAUCUAGAUGAUAAUCUAGAUGAUGAUACAAUUCUAUUGUUAGCUAUUUCUAAUGACAAUGGCGACGACAUUAAUAACAACAACAAUAAUGUCAAUGUUAUUGACGACAAUGUUCAUUCUACAGCACUUACAACCACGCAACUACGCAAGAUCCAAUUUCUACCUUAA